GAACGAACGACUACGGAAACGCUAAACACUAAACAGAGAUCGGGGGCCAUCGACUCAGUCAUCAUCGUCUAACCAGUGACAGUAGUUCCGAUCGGAAACAGCCGAACUGUCUGACUGACUGGCGAUUGAGAAGAAGAUAAAAAGAACCGUCUCCGUUCGCCGCCGCUUUGCUUACUGAUCGGAAAAGCAAAGGAGAGACAGGAAAUGGACGCGGAACUGCUCGAAUUACAGCGCCAGUUCGAGUUCGCCCAGCAGGCGAAAUCGAGCAUCCGGUUAUCCGACAGAAACGUAGUGGAAUUGGUGCAGAAGCUUCAAGAGCUUCACAUCAUCGAUUUCGACCUUCUCCACACCGUCUCCGGCAAAGAGUACAUCACCCCUGAGCAACUGCGGCGGGAAAUCGUGGCGGAAGUAGGCAAAUCAGGGCGUGUGUCGUUGAUAGACCUUUCGGAUGUUAUUGGUGUUGAUCUCUACCAUGUUGAGAAACAAGCUCAGCAAGUCAUUUCCGAUGAUCCUCAGCUUAUGUUACUUCAAGGAGAAAUUAUAUCUCAAAGUUAUUGGGACAAUGUUGCUGAAGAGAUCAACGAGAGGCUUCAAGAAUGCAGCCAAAUAGCUUUGGCAGAACUUGCUGCACAGUUAAAUGUUGGUUCUGAAUUUGUAGCAUCUAUGGUGGAAUCCCGCCUUGGAACUUUGGUGAAAGGUAGACUUGAAGGUGGGCAAUUAUAUACGCCAGCUUAUGUUGCUAGAGUUAGUGCCAUGGUUCGUGGUGCUGCCAGAGCUAUCACCGUGCCAACCAACUUGUCCUUACUUUGGAGCAAUCUACAGUUGCUGCUGCAUGAAAUGGAUGGAGCAAGUGGUGUGGCCAUAGAAAGUUCAUUUUUCCAAUCCAUGUUCAAUACCCUGCUGAAGGAAGGAGAGGUCCUUGGAUCACUUCGCGCUGGAGUUCACUGGACACCAACUGUGUUUGCCAAUGCUCAAAAGGAAUGUGUAGAUUCAAUGUUCUCACAGAAUUCUUUUGUUAGCUAUGAUGCUAUGCAAAAGCUUGGUAUUGCACAGGCUCUGCAGUUUUUACAGUCCAGAUAUCCUGAUGGCAUACCUUUAGAUACUGUAUUUGUGCACCCAUCCAUGAUUGAGAUGUUAGAUACUUCUAUUGAGGACGCUGUUGAACAUGGUAGUUGGAUUGAUUCUCUUUCUGUAUUACCUACAUCGUUUGGGUCCCAAGAUGCAUCAAAGAUUUUGUCACUUUGUCCUUCUUUUCAGUCAGCGUUGAAGGAUAACAAAGGGCUAGUCUUGGGAGAUUCAUUUGUUUUCAGCAAUGCUUUUCUCAAGGAUCUCUACGAUCGUGUUGAGAAAGAAACAGAGACAUUUACCUUCUCAGGUUCUUCUGGUGCUAUCGUAACAGAUGAGCCAAUCAAGGAAGCUAAAUCAUCUGGAAGAUCAACCGAUUCAAACGAAACUGUUAAUGAUAGAAAAAAGAAAAAGGGGAAAUCUGCUGGUCCGAAAGCAGAAGAAACCAUUCCAGAUGAUGAUUAUGUUCCCAUAAAGGGAAAGAAAAGCCAAAGGAAAGGCAAGGGUGGUGCAUCUGGUCAAGUAUCCGAUUCAAAAUCUGCUGCUAAGAAAGAUUCAGCCAAAAAGCAAGAGGAGAAUAUUAUCUAUCCUUCAGAAGAAUGGAUUAUUGAAAAGAUACUGGCCUUGAUUCCUGAUCUUGAAGAACAAGGUAUAGAAGAUCCACAGACAGUAUUGAAACCAAUUGCUAACCAUAUGAGACCGAUGUUGAUGAGCUCUUUGAAGGAGAGAAGAAAGGCAUUGUUUACAGAAAAUGCCGAUAAAAUUAAACAGUUGCUUAAUAAUUUGCAAAAGAAACUCGAAGAGUCUUUCUUAAAUACACAGCUGUAUGAAAAAGCACUAGACUUAUUUGAUGAUGACCAAUCCACUUCAGUAAUUCUGCAUAAGCAUCUGUUAAGAACAAUGGGUGCAACAAUGACAGAUCUUCUCCUGCAUAACUUGGAUGUUCACAACCAAUUGAAGAAUGGAGUCUCGGUUGAAGAAUCUUCAGAAGCCAUAACAUUGAGUUCUGCAGAAAGAACAGCUCUUGUACAAGCUUCUGCUCUGAUUUUAAGCAUAUUGACAUUGAUCAGAAGUUUCAUGCACGAUAAUGGUUUGUUUCUCAUGGUGGUCCUACUUCUUAUGCAGGCUAAAAGUUUUCCUGGAUCCCUAUCAAGGAAGGCUCAAGCACUUGUAGAAGCUCUAGAAGGGAAGAACGUGGAAGGAUUUUUAACUUCACUGCGGGAGACUGCAGAAGAGAGUGGCUUAUACUUGAGACAGCUUGACAAGAAAUUGGAGAGAACUAUUUUGCACGCAUAUCGCAAGGAUCUGACAGCUCAAGUUUCUGUGGAAACUGAUCCAGUUGCUCUUCUGCCUAGAGUUGUUUCCCUUCUUUACAUCCAGAUUCACAACAAAGCUCUACAGGCUCCUGGGAGAGCCAUUUCUAUUGCAGUUUCUCGGUUGAAGGAUAAACUGGGUGAUGCACCAUACAAGAUCCUGACAGAUUACCAAUCUGCAACAGUGACACUUUUGUCUCUGUCGUCGGCAGCAACUGGUGAUGAAGAAGACUGUACAUCCGAUAGAAUUUUGAGCAAAAGGGAGCUUUUGGAGAACCUAAUGCCUGCACUGAAGGGCCUUGUUCUGAGUCCCAAAUUGCCACAGUCACAAUCAUAAGUUAGACUGUUUGUCAAAGUCGUAUAGGGAUUUAGAAGUUGAAUCCUGUGGAGUUGUCCAUGGCGGUUCUCUGAUCCAAUAGGCAUAGCACACAUCUUUGCAUUUUCAACUGGGGGUUGGCUGAAGAAUUGGAUUUGACAAGCCUUUAGGUUGUGUUGUUGUGUCGUUAUUUUCUGGGGAGGCCUAGCCGUUGAUGGACUGUCUAGCUAUUUUUGGUCGAGAAAGUAUCCAGAUGGACAGAUGCCAAACAAUUGUACUUGGCUUUGGUUUAUACUACAUGAGAUGUGCGAUAUGUGAAAAAAGGGCGAUUUACAUAGAACCUUUUUGUAUUAGAAACUUUGGGUUCAGAUGUUGCUAAUUGCACUAGCAAUUUCUCAAUGGGUGUUGUCUUACCAAUAGGAUUGUCAAUGAGAUAAGAUGUUCGCAAGCAGCUCAACUCGGGAAAAAUUGGUUCAAAUUUCAUGUCAUAAAGAGCUUGAACUAAGUCUUAUUCAGGUUGCGAGGCUCACAAAUCAGCUUGACUAAAUGAUUUGUUGAGCUCACCACGUUAACUGUC